AGCCGUCACUACCGUGGAAGCGACCAGGGCCCAGAGGCAGUGUCAGGAGAGCGGGCGAGGGAGCGGGGCGGGAGCAGCCCUCGCUUAUUCCCACCCCACACCCGCCCCAUCCUGAGUCCGGGCGGAAGGCGGGAGAGGCCCGGGCCGGUGAGGCUCGCUCCUCCUCACAGCCAGUGGGGCACCGUCCCGCGGGUUCGGUUUCGCUUUCUUUUCUGCUUCACCGGAGGCCAGCGCUAAGGCAAGCUUCGGUUCCUUCUUAGCCGCUUGCCCCCCACCUCGCGUCGCGCUGGCCACCCUCCUUGCUCCCUUAAGGGCGUCCGCUCCGCUUCUCCGCACCCCAGGCCCUUCCCGCCACCUACUCGCCUCCCUUCAGCUGGCUGCCCUCUUCUCCCUGCCCCGCGCCUUUUCCUCUCUUCUCCUCUCUGUCUCCAACCCGUCCGGCAGCCUCGGGCCUCUUCCCCGCUGUUCUCAUCUGACGCCUGCGGCAGAGAGAUGGAAGGAAGUGGCUCUCCUUCGGCACCGGGGAGCCCUCGGACCCUUCAGAUGUUGGAAGACGAGCAUGUUGGUAGCUCUGCUCAAGAGGGGGGUGAUGAAGAUCAUGGUGAUGUAGUUGAUGCAAAGCCAGACAGACGUAGCAGGCUCUCAAUUUUUGGAAAAAAGAAGAAGAAUGGAGAAGAAGAACAGCCAAAGUCCUCUAUCAGUAAUCAGUACCGAAUUGUUACACCUACAUUCCAGUAUAAUAUGGACUACAAGAACGUUGGCAAAUGUAUUAUUAUAAACAACAAAAAUUUUGAAGAUAAAACAGGAAUGGGUACACGCAAUGGCACUGACAAGGAUGCUGGGGACUUAGCUAAGAGUUUCAGAAAUUUAGGCUUUGAUGUUCACACGUACAAUGACCGAAGCCGUGGUGAUAUGGAAAAAUUACUGAAGCAAGCUGCUGAGGAGAAUCACAGCGAUGCUGCUUGUUUUGCCUGCAUCCUUCUAAGCCAUGGGGAAGAAGGCCUCAUCUAUGGCACAGAUGGACCCAUGGCUAUCAAGAGCUUGACUGCGCUGUUCAGAGGAGACAAGUGUAAAAGCCUUAUAGGAAAGCCAAAACUAUUUUUCAUUCAGGCAUGCAGAGGCUCUGAAUUUGAUGAAGGUAUACAAACCGACUCUGGACCUGCCAAUGACACUCUGGAAACAGAUGCCAAUCCAAGAUACAAGAUCCCAGUAGAAGCAGAUUUUCUGUUUGCAUAUUCCACAGUGCCAGGUUAUUACUCCUGGAGGAAUCCUGGAAGAGGCUCCUGGUUUGUGCAAUCUUUGUGCUCUGUGCUAAAUGAGCAUGGAAAACAACUUGAGAUCAUGCAGAUCCUCACGCGGGUCAACUAUGUGGUUGCCACAAAUUUUGAAUCCCAGUCAGAUGAUCCACGCUUCAGUGAGAAGAAGCAGAUUCCCUGUGUGGUCUCUAUGCUCACUAAGGAACUUUACUUCUGAAAGCAUGUUUUCAUGAAAGAUCAGGAUAUGGUUUUGGGUGGAGAUUUGAUUAUAAAUUUGGAGUUACACAUUCUUAAGAACAGAAAUGUAAUAACAUUUUAUAUUUUAUAAGCUGGGGUAUCUGGUGGAGGGACAAUAUGCAAGAUUUUAAAGAAGAUAUAAAUGCUGUAGGCUAAUCUGACAGCUGAUAUUAAUUACUGUAUCUUGAUUUUCCCCUUAGUGUGGUUGUCAUGAUUUAGAGCUACUGAAGAGUCCCAUAAAUGUUUCUUCUGGAAAACAAAUUGUAAAUGAAGAAAACAAACCCAAACCGAUUCAGGAGACUCCAUCUUUCUUUCACUGCUAGGUCAUGGAACCAGAUCUUUCUCAUAAACUUCCACAGACCAUCAUGUUGUGGCUAAGUCCAGUGAUGAAGCAGUUUGUAGCUAUACAAAAGAGUGUUUCCUAGUCUAAUAUAUCCAUUUCCUUUUUGUGAACGUUAUUAAUGAAGACAAAUGAUUGUGCUUAAUCUGGAAGUCAUUUCGCUUAGUUACCACUUUCAGAUGAGAUGGAUCAAUACACAACCAAUAUUUGAUAUAUGAUUUACCACAGUGGUACAGAAAUGUUAACAAACAGCAAAAUCAAAAUCUUUGUGAAAGGUUGGCAAACUGUAAUUGGGUGAUGCUUUACUAAAGCUCCAGCAUAAAGAUUUUUUGUUUUCCUUGCAGGUGACACUUAACUGAUAGAAUGGCCUGGAACAGUGGUAGUACAGAAAUAAAGAUGUCUGCCUGUUGAUUCAAAAGGUCUGAACCCACAGAAAGUUAAUGCCAAAGCCUUGUAAUAUUAUCUGAAAACCUAAUGUGGAAAUGCUGAGUUUUUGUGUUCCACUGGCAAAUGUGUGUUUAGAUACCACUACUAUUUUUGAGGAAUUUUGCCAGGACUUACCUGAGUGAGACCCCAGAAGUGCCUUUUUGGUUACUGUACAGUCUUGAUUUUUAUGUUUUGGAGUUACAUCAAUGCUGUUUAUAUUCCUACUUUUUAUAUUCUCUUUCAAGUUGGUAGCUAGCUUAAAGAAAAGGUGAAGUUUAACAGUUUGGUUAAACUGAUAAAUGAUUACCUGUUCACUCUCUUCCCAGUUAAUGUACUCCUAUACUCUUUUGAAAUCUUCCCAGAAAAUAAGUGUGUGCUUAUUAUAGCCAAGUUGCCAAACUGUUAAGCUUAUUUUCUUUACAAACACUGUGACAUAGCAAGAUACAUAUUUUUUUUUUUCAGAAGUUAAAUUUACAGUUGUUUGAAUUAAAUAAAUGAUUGUUUUAUGGAUGCCUUGAGCAUGAAAUCAAUAAAGACCUUCUUUUUUUUUUU